AUGGAUGCUGGCAAAGUUCCCGCUAAAUACGCUAAGGUGACCAGCGUUCUCGGUCGCACCGAAUAUAAGGCUAAUAUGGUUUUCUUUUUGCACGAACUAGGCUCCCGAGGAGGUGUCACUCAAGUCCGCGUUGAGUUCAUGGACGACUCCAACCGAAGCAUCAUCCGCAACGUCAAGGGCCCAGUCGGUGGAAUUUGCGACCCAUGA